CCUCCUCAUUGGCCGACCUCAUCGCAGGCUAUCCCCUCUUCAGUCUAUCCGUUCUGUCUCUGCCACCCCUCUCUGCCAAUCCCUCCACUGACCUCCAUUCAGUGUCCUCCAUCCCUCUCUGCCAUCCCUCCACUGGCCUCCAUUCAGUGUCCUCCACCCCUCUCUGCCAAUCCCUCCACUGGCCUCCACUCAGUGUCCUCCACCCCUCUCUGCCAAUCCCUCCACUGGCCCCCACCCCUCUCUGCCAAUCCCUCUGGCCUCCACUGCCUCCACCCCUUCAGUGUCCCCACUCCUCUCUGCCAAUGCCAAUCCCUC